CUCGUCUGCCAGUCGCCGCUAGGAGAACAGGAUUGUUGACGGAUUGUUUGUAACUCGUGAAGACUAAAUAAUGGACAACGCAUCCAUCRAUAAUUUGAUUCUGAAACUCCACGAUGUGAACGCCGUGAAGUUUGGCGAAUAUAAGCUGAAGAGCGGCUUGUUGACGCCGAUUUAUAUCGACUUGAGGGUUCUGGUCUCCUUUCCUUCUCUCAUGAAUCAGGUGUCAAGUCUCAUCUACCAGCGAGUGCAAGAGGAGAGCCUUCAGUUUGAUUUGGUGUGUGGGGUUCCCUACACGGCCCUCCCCUUGGCCACGAUCAUCUGCUCAAGACAGGAAGUCCCCAUGCUCAUCAGGAGAAAAGAAGCCAAAGAUUAUGGAACCAAGCGGCUGGUGGAGGGGACGUUUCACGAGGGUGAUGCGUGUUUAAUCAUCGAGGACACAGUAACCAGUGGCAGCAGCAUCCUGGAGACAGCAGAGGUCCUCCAAAAAGAAGGACUGAAGGUGACAGAUGCCAUUGUUCUGAUGGAUAGAGARCAAGGCGGUGUGGAGAUGCUGGCCUCUCGGGGAAUCAGGCUCUUCCCUGUCAUCUCCAUGUUCAGGCUGCUCGAUGUGCUGCUUGCAGCCGGGCGCGUCGAYGCCCAAACCGCCCAGAGCGUUCGCAAGUUCAUCCUCGAUAAUAACACUUUCAGCUCUAAGAAGGAAAACGGCAGUAACGUUCCAGCURCCAAGAAGCCAUGUAGGGAAACAAAGCAAGAGCUCAGCUACGCAGUCAGAGCCGAGUUGCCAAACAUUCACCCCCUAGCAUCCAAGCUGCUGAAGAUCAUGGAGGAGAAAGAGUCGAACCUCUGCGUGUCGGCUGAUAUGACCUGCAGCGAGGAGCUGCUGCAGCUGGCAGAGUCUCUUGGACCAAAAAUCUGCAUGUUGAAGACWCAUGUAGACAUCUUGAAGGAUUACAGUCCGGCUGUCAGUCAGGAACUGCAAGCUUCGUCUGAAAAGCACAACUUCCUCAUAUUUGAAGAUCGCAAGUUUGCAGAUAUUGGAAAUACAGUCAAGCAUCAAUAUGAAGGUGGUGUGUUCCAGAUCUCUUCAUGGUCCCACAUAGUCAAUGCCCACGCUGUUCCGGGACCUGGGGUGGUGAAGGGGCUGAGCGCUGUAGGGAAGCCUCUGGGUCGAGGCUGUUUGCUGGUUGCUCAGAUGAGCUCGCAGGGCUCUCUGGCCACUGGUGAAUACACAAAGGCUGUGCUGCAGAUGGCAGAGGAGCACUCAGACUUUGUGAUUGGAUUCAUCUGUGGAGCUAAGAUCACAGAGAAGCCAGAGUUCAUCCACAUGACCCCUGGUGUGCAGUUACAAGCUGGAGGAGAUUCAUUGGGCCAGCGGUACACAGCCCCAGAGGAGGUUAUCUGCAGCAAAGGCUCUGACAUCAUCAUUGUGGGACGAGGUGUUUUACAGGCUCCUGAUCGGCUCGAAGCUGCCGAGGCGUACAGAAAAGCAGGCUGGGAUGCUUACACGAAGAGAGUGGGUCGCGUUGACCAGUGAGAAACUCCACUCAACACAAGAAGCGCAAACAUUCACGGACACAUUAGACUCAAAGCUCAGGGCGUUAUUGACAGCUGUCACUUUGCUCCUAAUCACGUCUUGUCCCAUUUGGAAGCUGCUUCAUGAUUCUUGAAUCUGACCAMCGUUGCAGUAUUUGUUCAAAAUGAAGUCGGGUAAUUUCAUUAGUUUUGUUGAUUUUUUUUUUUUUAAAUCCACUAAACUAUAAACAUCAGAGUAUUUCUCUGUUUCAAAGGGAAUGAGUCAUUUGAUCAAUACAAACUUCUACUUGGAGUUGUACCUCUUUUUCAGGAAUGUAUCCUCUUGUCYACAUCUGUAUAACUGUAACACUGGACCUCGAUUUAAAUAACUAAAAAGGGUGGAGACUAAAACCAUAUGACUUAAAUUCAGAGUGAUUUCUCUCACACAGAGGAUGGUUACUCUGCUGCUUUUUCACUUAGAAAUAGAGAAAGUUAGUUAUUUUCCAUGAAGUGUUAGUGAUGGAUACUUUCAGUGUUAAAGUUAAUUUACAUCAAUUAAAUAAUCCCAAUUAAACAUGCUUAAGUAGAUGAAUAAAAGGGUUGAAAUGUUUUUACUAUAGUCUUGUUUUGUAAUAAAUUACUGACUUUUAAUGGGAACAAUAAGGACCUUGAUGGUUUCAAAAAGCUGUGAUAUGAUUAGAUUUUUACAUUAGUUCUCAGAUUACUGUAAAUGUCAACAGGAGCUGAUCACAACUGGAUCCAUGAGGCCGUCCAAGUUUAUUAACAAAAAAAUAAAUAAAAAAAAUCUGGAGCGAUUUGACCACAGUUUGACUGAUUUAAUAAAAAUGAUUUUCACAGA